CACGCUUCACUGCACUGCCCUGCCCUGCAGAUUGUUCGUGUUGGAUUCGAUCUAUGCUGGGUUUUGCACGCAGGAGCAGAGUCAAGACAGUCUCUUUGCUUUCACAGUUCGUUCGCUCCGUCUCCAGUAAUUCGGCUUCGAGCCCUAGCUUGUCGAUAUGGAGGAGGAAGAAGGAAAUGACAAAAGAGGGGUUGUUUGCGGCGAAGGAACUCAAGCGCCUUCGGUCCAAUCCCAUCCGCCUUGACCGCUUCAUCCAAUCACAAGUUUCCCGUUUGCUCAGGACGGAUCUCCUUGCCGUUCUCGCUGAGUUCCAGCGUCAAGACCAGGUGUUCCUCUGCAUGAAGCUUUAUGAAGUGGUCCGUAAAGAGAUAUGGUACAGGCCGGACAUGUACUUUUACAGAGACAUGCUUAUGAUGCUUGCAAGAAACAAAAAUGUUGAUGAAACAAAACGUGUUUGGCAGGAUUUGAAGAGAGAAGAAGUUUUGUUUGAUCAGCAUACGUUUGGAGACAUCAUGAGAGCCUUCUUAGAUAGUGGACUACCCUCAGAAGCAAUGGCCAUAUAUGAUGAGAUGAGAAAUUCACCUGAUCCCCCAAUAUCUUUACCUUUCCGAGUGAUUUUGAAGGGGCUUAUCCCUUACCCUGAAUUAAGGGAGAAGGUGAAAGAUGACUUCUUGGAACUUUUUCCAAACAUGAUUGUCUACGACCCGCCUGAGGACUUAUUUGAAGAUGCAAAAUGGAGAAGGGAGAGCGAGAGUGAUUAGAUGGUCGACAUGAAACAACGCUCUGUUUUGCUGAAGCUUGGGCAGAAAGGAAUUAGAGGCAUACAUGGCUGAGAGGUCCUUGAUGUCUCCAAAGCUCUUUGAAUGGGGGGUUUCAAAUCUUGAAGGUCAGUGCUCAAAGCAUGCAUGGCGCAUAAAAGACAAUUCUUACUUCUGGAAUGCUUAGCUCUGUCAGUGUCACCAUAAUAUGUUAUUGGAUGACUUGCUUUGAGCUUUAUGGUACAUCCAAGUAUGUCUCACAGAUUGCAGCAUCACUCAAAUUGUUUGCUAAUCUUUACUAGUAUUAGUGAAGUGGAGAAUUUGUAGGUCUAA